GUUAUGCUAUCAUCUCAACGCUAUUGCUUUCCAUGCGCUUUAUGGUUUGGGACACUUUAAGGAGGUGGACACUCAUGAGUUUCGUUUAAUUAAAGAUGACACUAAGCCUAUAAAGAGAGUCGCGGUAUAUGAACGGCCAAGGCAACGCUAAAUGAGAUGUUCAGUGGGGGUAUCGCGUCCACCGUCGUCUGAGUCCGGUCCAUAUCACUGACAAUCCCAUAUCAUCCAAGGACGACAAUCGUCCAACAAGUUCGAGGACACAAACGACUCCGAGCCCACCGCAAAUUCAAAUGCCAUCGGGGUAUAUGUACACCGCUCGAAUGCGACCGAUCGGAAGCGACUCGGAUUUGGGACGAGCGGAGACAAAAGCCAGACGCGAGCCGAUCUCCUCGCGGCAGAACUUCGGAGCUAGCUCCCCCCCUCCCGCUGCCCAGCACCGUGGGGGGAAACAUCCGGCGCGGCACAGUUCCCGCGGAUCCCUCGUCUCGAGAAACACGCGUCGAUAUGCACAGCACCCAGGGACGCACGUCGGCGUGAGCUGGACAAACAACGGACGGCGUACCUUAGAGACCUGUGCCUCGGUACUCCCGCAGCGGCGUCCGAGGCGCGCAGUGCGCCUCGCUAACCGUAAACAACGGGCGUCAUGCUUGACGUGCGGAGGACGACGCGGCAUCUGAUCGCUGACUGUGAACGUCGAAAGGGCCGAGGCCGUCUCGACAGCCCAGAUUGGCAUGCAGAGACGCUGUACCAAUUGUCUUGCGGGUGGAGCUGCCCAGGCCGUCGUUGGAGGGCAAGCGACCCGUCGAUGCAGUAUUUUCCAGGUAAGAGAUAGGAAACCUCAAAGGGUAAGCCUUACAGGGUCUUCGCCGUGCUUCUGUGCAUCUCUCAAACCCCACCAGCCUCCGUGUUGUGUCAAGUCAAAUGUACC